AUGAAGAAGAUAUCGCAAACCUGGAGGCAGCAAAAGCCCCAAUGUGGUGGCAAUGUUGGUAAAUCAACAUUCCUCAAGUCUCAGAGUGAUAGUAGUGGAGGUAGUAGUAGUUUUUCCAAACCAAUCACAUCCACUGUUGUUGCUCAGAAACCUGUUCUGCUUGUAGGAAACAGUAUACAAGAUGAAAACCUUGGAAAUUGUAAAGGUGUUCAUGCUAGAAAACGACUUGGUCAGCACACAAUUCUUGUUUCAAAAGCUAAUAGUCCCAUCUUUCAUGCUGAUAAAACCUCUGUUACCACAAACAAAGAAAUUGAUAUUGACAACAAAAAAAGGAGAGUUUUACCAGCAUCGAUUGGUUUAUUCGAAGUACCCAGGAGGUCACCUAGGCUUCGCACAAAAAAUGCACCAAGAUGUUUUCCAAACUCUUGUUCUACUCCAUGUACAAAUAAGGAAAAUUCUUCCUGUGUCGUCACUGGAGUGGUUUCUAAAGCUGAAACUCCAGGGAAGUUGUCUGUUAGCUGUACAUCUAUUACUAGUAUGGAAUCUGAUAUUGAUGAUGAUAUGCUAUUACUUGCUGAGCAGUUGGAGGCUGAAUAUAUCACUGGACAGAAACAUAAUGCAUCCAUAGUUUCUGGUAAAAUCUCACAAGCUCCCGUAAAUUCUAGUUCAAAGACAAGUAAGGGUAUUAAACAAAUCAGCAGCUGUAUACAGAAGUCUGAUGCUGGAGACUCUCAUGUUACAGCUGAUGUAACUGAAGAUGAUGAUACUACAUUUACUAGUAAUGAAAUCAAAACAAAUACUACUAAUUUUACGAAUAUCAUUCAAAAGCAAUUGACUCUUGACGAUGGAAAAACAAUCAAAACAAACACAAUAAAUUUGAGAAACUCAAUGCAAAUGAAGAAAAGAGAUAUAAAAAUGUGCAAUACUUCAAAAAAUAAUGUUCAAGUUACAGAUACAGAUGAUGAACACUUACUGUUUUGUGUCAACCCAAAACAACUUUUCUCAGGAAUACUUCCAAACUUAGGGAAUGAAUCACCAACAAACGUGAAUGGGACAGUUUAUUGUGUGGAUUCCCAGAGCCCAGACGGAUUAACUCACCAUAUACAACCACUACCUCAUAAUACUCUACAAGUUAACAAAACUGUGAAGCAAGACAAACAUGCAAGAAGGAAGAAAUCUGAAAUGUUGGAUGAUAGAGUGAAGGAGAAUGUAGAUGCUGUGCAGAACACUGGAAGUGCUGUCAAAUGUAAUCAAGGUGCUAGCACAAGUGCAAUAAAUCAACAAAAUAGCAAUUCCGAUUGUCAAAAGUCGCCUGUUGAGUCAACACCAAACAGAAAACUACUUUCAUCAUGGGGUUUGCCUUCGAGUGUACUUCAACGCUACCAUGACAACAAAAUCACUGAGAUGUUUGAUUGGCAAGCAGAGUGUCUCAGUCAAGGCAAGGUGCUAUCAGGCGGUAACCUAGUGUAUUCAGCACCAACCAGUGCAGGAAAAACAAUGGUUGCUGAAUUACUAAUUUUGAAGAGGGUAUUAGAAACAAAACAGAAAGCUAUUGUCAUUUUACCAUUUGUUUCUGUUGCUCGAGAGAAAAUGUUUUAUUUACAGAGAAUGUUUGAAGAGUGUGGUGUUAGAGUGGAAGGAUACAUGGGUAAUAUGUCUCCUGCUGGUGGAUUUGCUUCACUAGAUGUAGCUGUCUGUACUAUUGAAAAAGCUAAUAGUUUGAUUAACAGGUUAUUGGAGGAAAAUAAACUAAAUCAGCUUGGUGCUAUUGUAGUAGACGAGUUACACAUGGUAGGAGACUCACAUAGAGGUUAUCUUCUUGAACUCCUACUGACAAAAAUCAGAUAUGUUAGCAGUAAAGUGGUCCAGAAAAAAGAAGAUACCGGUACUAAUGGUGACAAGAUAUUAUCUAAUACCAACCCUAUUCAGAUUAUUGGAAUGAGUGCUACAUUGCCAAAUCUAGACCUCUUGGCUCGAUGGUUAGAUGCAGAUCUCUACAAAACAGACUUUAGACCAGUACCAUUGGAAGAAUGUGUCAAGAUAGGUGACAAGAUAUACAAUUCUGAACUGAAGAAGUUACGAGAAAUUAGUCCUGCUGUGCAAGUUUCUGGCGAUGAUGAACACAUCAUACCACUGUGUUUUGAAACUAUUACUAAUGGUCACUCAGUGCUGAUUUUCUGUCCUACUAAAAACUGGUGUGAGAAGUUAUCAGAGAUGAUUGCUAAGCAGAUUUUUAAAGUAUUUCAUCAAUUUGUUAUUGUAGGUCCUGUAAAGGCAUCUCAACUUGUUCCUGCUCAGUUCAACAAACAGGGUAUCAUUGAUGUACUAGAACAGCUGAAAAGAACACCAGUUGGUAUUGACUCAGUCUUAAAAAGAACAGUACCAUAUGCAGUAGCAUAUCAUCAUGCAGGUCUGACCUUUGAUGAAAGGGACAUCAUAGAGGGCGCUUUUCGACAGGGAAUACUGAAAAUCUUGAUUGCAACGUCCACCUUAUCAUCAGGUGUGAAUCUUCCAGCAAGACGUGUUAUCAUCAGAACUCCGAUGUUUAAUAGACGUUUACUGGAUGUAUUGACAUAUAAACAGAUGUCUGGUAGGGCUGGCAGGAAGGGAGUGGACACCAUGGGUGAAAGUAUUCUCAUAUGUAAAUCAAAUGAGAGAAGUAAAGGACAACAUCUGAUGCAGACGGAGCUAAAACCAGUGUGUAGUUGUUUGGUAAAAGAAAAUGGUGAAGAAACUACAUCCAGUAUGAAGAGAGCUAUUUUAGAGGUGAUUGUAAGUGGUGUCGCAACCAGUCCAUCCGAUGUCGAUAAAUAUGCAUCGUGCACACUACUAGCAGCAAGUUUGACUACUUCAGAAUCUACAUCAAACUUUGGUAGUAUUCAGAAUUGUAUCAAGUUCUUGGUGGACAAUGAAUUCAUAAGACUACAUCAAGUUAAAAAUGGUGCAGAAAGCAGUGAUAAAUAUGUGGCUACUCAGCUCGGCUCGGCUACAUUAUCAUCAUCAUUAUCACCAGAUGAAGCAUUGGUGGUAUUUUCAGAACUACAAAGAGCCAGGAAAAGCUUUGUCCUAGAAAACGAACUGCAUAUUCUUUAUCAGGUAACUCCCAUCUAUGAUCAAGGCAUUGUUAAUGACUGGUACAGAUACAUUGAUAUUUGGGAAACCUUGUCUAUUGAUAAGAAACGUGUUGGUGAACUUGUCGGCAUUGAAGAACGAUUCCUAGCCAGAGCUGUCGGAGGAAGCAUAUCAACGUCUACGUUUAAACAACAGAGAGUUCUAGCAAUCCAUAAACGUUUCUAUACUGCAAUGAUAUUAGAGGAUUUAGUCAAUGAAAUUCCAAUAGCUGAGGUAUCCAGGAAAUAUAGUGUACCAAAAGGUCAAUUGCAGUCGUUACAACAAUCGGCAGCAACAUUUUCUGGUAUGGUGACUGUGUUCUGUAGCAGACUUGGUUGGAUCAACUUGGAGAUUUUACUAGAACAGUUUCAGAAUCGUUUAAACUUUGGUGUUCAGCGAGAGCUUUGUGACUUGGUGAGAAUCUCUUUAUUGAAUGGCCAAAGAGCUAGAAUCCUGUACAAUGGUGGAUAUCAUACCAUAGCUAACAUUGCACAGGCUGAUCCCAUAGAUAUAGAGAAUUUACUCAGGAAUUCUGUACCAUUUCAUAGUGUGAGAAAAGCUGAACACGAAGAACAAUAUGAAGCAGAAGAACGAAAGAAAAUAAGGUGUAUCUGGGCAACUGGGAAGAAAGGUUUGACAGAAGCGGAGGCUGCUAAUCUGAUUGUAGCUGAGGCUAAGCAAUGUUUAAAAGGAGAUGUUGGACUUCUUGGUGUUCAGUGGAAUCCAAAUGAUGUGAAAACAACUGUAGAUGGUGGAGUUGGGGCUGCCUUACCUCUCCUAGUAUGCAAAUCAGAAGUAGCUAGGGAAGCAUUAUUACAUAUAAUUUCUAAGAUUGAAAUUUGUAGGGAAACGCAACAAGAAAUUGAUGAGAUUUAUGAUGAUCUAUAUGGAUUUGACGCUAAUUUCUACGAACAUAUUUUACAUCAUUUGGAUGAUCCACUGUAUGAUAGUAAUUCUGAAUUAAAUAAGAAUUUCCCCACUGUAGAAAUUAAGACAGUGGUAGCAAAAGCAAAGUCAGGGAAGGCAGUUGGAGUAGAUAAAAUCCUUGUGAGAAAAGCUGAACACGAAGAACAAUAUGAAGCAGAAGAACGAAAGAAAACAAGGUGUAUCUGGGCAACUGGGAAGAAAGGUUUGACAGAAGCGGAGGCUGCUAAUCUUAUUGUAGCUGAGGCUAAGCAAUGUUUAAAAGGAGAUGUUGGACUUCUUGGUGUUCAGUGGAAUCCAAAUGAUGUGAAAACAACUGUAGAUGGUGGAGUUGGGGCUGCCUUAACCUCUCCUAGUAUGCAGUCACAGAAAAUUCCUGUACGACAUUCAUCUAGUGAAAAGCGUUCCAUCUUGAGUAGAGUCCGGAAUAGAAGAAAGAGUAAGUCUCCUAGAGAUUGUGCAAUACCAGCUGCAAAAAAAAUGUCUGGUAAGAAAGUAAGUGGUAUGACAUGUGUUUUAUCUCCACCAUGGAAGACUAAUUCUGUGGAUAAACAACUGAAACUUGGCUGUGCUUCUGAAGAUGUUUCAAAAGAACAUGUCUAUGAUAAAACUGGUGUCAACACUUGCAUGGAAUUGAAAGAAGGUGGUUUGUCUACUGACUGUUGUAAAGCAGGUGGUACUGAUAAACAUACUACAGUUGAAUUAUCAAUGCAGCAUAGAGGUGAACAUGUGACUUCUGAAAUUCAUCUCCCUCUUGAAGAAAAUAUAGUCACCAAUACUGAAAAGAUGGGUAACGUAGCAAUACAGCCGACUGAGACAUGUGUUAUUGUAAAUGAUGUAAGUAGUCAAGCACAAAAGGGUGUUCUGAUAAAUGGUGGUGGCAAUGACAGUUAUACGCAAGAUCUUUACAGUCCUGAAGUCAUUAACAAGAUCAGUCCAGCACAGUUGCCAAAAGAUGUAGUAAAGAAAGUAGAGACAGGACUAAAGGGACUUCCUGAAACAAGAAAUCACCAACAAGACAGUAACAACGAUGAAGGAACAACAAAUGAUAGAAUAACAACAAAUGAUAGAGUAACAUUAAAAUGUUUGGAUGGCGCAUGUCUCAAAGAUGAUGUAGAAGAAAAUGAUCUCCAGAAUAAAGUUGUUGCCACUCAUGAUGUUUCUGCUAAUGACAUCAGUAUGGUUUCUGCUGAUUUGUCUUUUGCUAGGAAUGAAAACAUGGAGUGUGGAAAGACAUCUAAAGCAGAUUACAUUGAUAAGGUGACAGGAGCAGAAUUCUCUCACAAUCAACUGUUUGAUGUGAGCAUGGCAUCAGUAGAUUCACAGGUUUUAAAUUAUAUGACUGAUUUCUGUACACAGCAUGACAUAGUUGCUGAAAGUGCUUCUCCAAUGUUGGAUAACAAGACAACCACUAGAAUACAGAGUCAAAGGCCAAAGUUAUCUGAAUGCACAUCCCCAAUAUUUAUAUCUGAGGUGAAAAGAGACAUUAGUCCAGGUGCUUUUGGUUGCUCCUAUGAUGGCUUACAAGAGGACUUAGCAUUAGCAAUGAAUAUGAGUGAUACAUUUAGCAGUAGCUAUGCUAAGACACCUGCUCCAUCACAGAAUGUAACCUCCAGUACACCACUACCUCAUGAGCAUGCUAGACAUGUGGACCAUGCCAAUGUUGCAGGUAAUUCUAAUCAAAGAGUGGAAGAAGACAAUCUUGGUAGUCUAAGUCCUGUAGUUAGAAGAUCAGAAGGUGGACAUGUGAUAGGGAAUCCUGAUGACAGUGGUGAUCCGGUUGAUAUGGCAUAUUCACAGUUGGCUAAUGAUUUAGCCAUUGCAGCUGAAAUCACUGAUUCGUUCUCAUUUAGUGAUAAUUGCUUUGUCACUGAUAAUCCAACCAGUGCAUCUGCUGGCAUUGCUAGUAGUGCUGCUGGUCAAUAUGAUGAUGCUGAUGCUGGACAAUAUGAUGAUGCUGAUCUAAAUCUGAACUCUCCAAAUGACAGUGGGGGUGAUUUUAUUCCUCCAACUCCACCCGAUGAAACAUUCUCCAAAACACCAAAGUUAUUACGUACUCAGGGCUUUUCCAACAAACUAGGUUCUCCUCUGAAUUUCAAAAAACAUCCAAAUUCUUUGCAAGCAGAAAGAGAGUCUUCAAAGGAGACUCGUGGUAUCAUAGAAAUAUCUAGAAAUGACAAAAGAAAUCUGAAGUCACAACAAAAUAAACAUUCUGAAAAGCAAAGUGAGGAAUUGGAUGACUCUCCAUCUGAAGAGCUGGAUCUUUUUCUUGACAUCAAUACCCAAGAUUUUGAUAUUCUCUCAUCUCCCAGCAAUCCCUGCAAUGACCCUAUUCCUGUAUCAUCACCAUCUCCCAGCAUUGCUUGCACAGAUGGAUCCUUUGCCAUAGUUGAUGUGUGCACUAAUGUUCAACUAUUUGAAACAUUUAUGAAAGAAUGGAGAAGUAAAUCCAAAUAUUCAUUUUCUUUGGCCUGUGAGAAACAUCGUAAGAAUAUUAUUCAAGGUAAAGGAAUUGGAGCUAAUUUCCACAAAGUCUCUGUAGAUGCAUUGUUGUAA